CGUGAUGGAGACUUGCGUCGUUCUGUCGGGGAACCGACCUUCCUUAACCUAUUGGCGAACAAGCUAUGCUCUAGGUGGCACAUAGCGGCAGCUGCUAGCGGAUCUAUUGGUGGCGUUCGCCUUCUACUUAUAUAUGGUGCCGAUAUCCACAGAACUGGUGGGAAAUAUUUCACGGUUUCACAGACGGCUUCUGUGUCUAAAAACUAUGAAGUGCUUAGGCUUCUUCCUGAAACAGGCGCCGAUGUGAAUACUUUUGGUGGAUACUGUCUCUGCCCUGCAUUUAGCCGUAUUGUAUGGCCGAGCUAUAUCCUGUGA